AUGUCGGCUUUCAAUCGGACAUCUGAAGUUCGCUCUAUCCUGCCCCCUCCUUCUCGACCUCCGAGUGUCUUCUCCGCUGCCUCUAUCGAUACUCUCGUCGCUGAUCAGAGCCACCGAGGUUUUCCAUCUCGAGAAGCCUACCUUGAGGCUCUACGGGAGUUUGCCUACGAGAAACUGUACUAUGAGAGCGGAGAACAAUUGAACGGAUUUUACGGCAACAAGACCGUGGACGAUUACUUGGACAAGUUGGGAUCCAAGAAGCCGAGAAGAUCUGUUGCGGCAACGCUGAGCACCGUCGUCGAGGGCAAGUCCACUCCGGCACCGGAACCUGCGCCAAAAAUAGAGACCAAAAACACUGGUAGCAGGUUGAAGAAGGUCUUCGGCCGGCGAAAGUCUGUUGCAUGA